AUCAAGAAAAUGGCCCAUUAUUUUCAAAGCUUAAAUUUUAUCAGAGAGCUGCAAAAAAAGAAUAUAUCAGGAAGUGGAUAGAACGGAAACAACUCGAUUAUUUAGGAAUUCCUGUGUUUUAUGGAUUUGGUCUGACUGAAUUCAAAGGAAGAAGUUACAGAUUUAUGGUGAUGGAAAGACUGGGAACAGAUUUACAGAAAAUCUUAGACCAGAAUGGUUCGUUUAAAAAGUCAACUGUCCUGCAACUUGGUAUUCGAAUGUUGGACAUACUGGAAUAUAUACAUGAAAAUGAAUAUGUUCAUGGUGAUAUAAAAGCAGCAAAUCUACUGUUGGGUUACAUAAAUCCAGAUCGGGUUUAUCUUGCAGACUAUGGACUUUCUUACAGAUAUUGUCCCAAUGGGAACCACAAACAGUAUCAAGAAAAUCCCAGGAAGGGCCAUAAUGGGACCUUAGAGUUUACCAGCUUGGAUGCUCAUAAAGGAGUCGCCUCAUCCAGAAGAAGCGACGUUGAGAUCCUGGGAUACUGCAUGCUGCGGUGGCUGUGUGGAAAGCUGCCCUGGGAACGGAACCUGCAGGAUCCUGUGGCUGUCCAGACUGCCAAAGCCAAUCUGCUGGAUGAGCUUCCCGAGUCGGUGCUUACGUGGGCCCCUCCUGAAAGCAGCUGCAGAGAACUUGCCCAGUAUUUGGUAUGUGUUACUAAUUUAGCUUAUGAUGAAAAGCCAGACUAUCACAAGCUCAAGAAAAUUCUGUAUCCAGGUGGAAUAUCAUUAGGACCAUUGGAAUUUUCCACCACGGCACAGAGUGUCAAUAUCCACACUCCAACCCAUCAAAAAGUUGAUUCACAAGACAUUGAAACAAAACCAAUCAGUGAGAUGCCAGAUAAGUUCACAGGCCAAGUUUAUAGAAAGAGAAGUCCAGAGUCCACUGCAGCACAGAGACAGGUGCGGGAAGAGGGCUGGCCCAGAAAUGUCAAGUCUUCUACAGCAAGGAGACAGGUGCAGGAAGAGAGCCAGCCUAGAAGUGCGGAGUCCGCUGCAGCACAGAGACAGGUGCGGGAAGAGGGCUGGCCCAGAAAUGCAGAGUCCGCUGCAGCACAGAGACAGGAAAACCUGAGGAGACAAAAAGGAUAUGAGUCUUCAGAACUUUUGAAUGAAGUGCACAGCCUUUUACAGAAACCUAGAUAUGCGGGUUUCCAAACUUUAUUUUCUGAGCCCUAUCAAGGUUUGACCAGCACAGAUAGAAUUGGUACGUCAAGAUGUCCACCUUGGUACAGAUAUUCUUCCAGGAACAGCGUGGGAGUCACAGAUUGGGAAGGCCCUUCACAACUCUGGCCUGCGAUCUUCCGCUUGCGUCUCAGUGAAGACACCAAGGCGGACGUGCGCUACUACGGCCUCACCAUACUUUUCCUGAUGAUAUCAGUUUCUCUCACUUUGUAUUUUCUCUGAAGUUAUCAAAUAAAACCCUUGGACAAUU